AUGUCACAAAAAAAUUCUAUUGAAUCACCUGAUUCACCUAAACCUUCAGAAGAGGACAAAACAAAACGUGGUUUUUCAAUGUCCUUUCAAUCAAGCAAAACAAAGAUCGUAGGAAAUAAGGCAUUUAUAAAGAAACGUAGAAUAACAGACGAUCAAGAAGAAACUGAACAGCCACCAAAGGUUGAAUACAUUACUGUAUUUGAAGAUAAAAAAUCCAAAGGUCUCAAUUCAAAGAGAAAGGGACCGAACCGAACAAAUUCAUCCAAACAAGAUACAAAGAAUACAAAAGAUUCUGAAGAUAUAUCUCCAGAAUUUUUGACAAAUAAUUCAGGGUUAUCUUUUGGUUUAAAUAUCAUGAAGAAACCAGCCAAGGAUCCGAAUGAAAAGCGAGAGAGCAUAUUGGCAAAGAUUAAAGAUUUUAAGUCUAAUCAACAGGAAGAGCAGCCGGAUAAUAACCAAGAUACCAAUAGCAUAUCGAAUGAAAAGGUUGAACCUGAAAAGUCAACAAAAGAAAAAGCUUUUGAAGAACUAUUAAAAAAACUCGAAAAGGAGGAGACUGCUGAGGAAAGAGUAGAAAGGAAGUCGUCAUUUAAGGUCUAA